AUGGCGAAUUUGCCUCUAUUCGCACCAGUCCCACCUCCCGAGGUGCAGAGUACCAUACCACCGACGGAAUGGGAGCUUUAUAUGGAUGCGUGGAUCUUGCUCCUCGGACUAUGGCUAGAAACUUCGGAUGCGCAGUUUAGCGAGUCUGCGCCCAAGGAUGAAUCUGCGAUCGUGUUCUUAACUACUUACUACGCUCAAUUAUCCGUCCGUAGGACGUCUGGUCUCCAUACAGGCACCAAGGCAAAGACAUUACGGAAGCUUUGCUUUCUGUUGACGAGACGAUAUCUACUGGAGGUUUCUACAUCACCUCCUGAACUCCUUGAGUGGAAGUACUUGGGGGAUAUAUGCUGCUCCUAUCCUUCUAGCGCUGCUGCGAAGAAGCUUUUAUCCGACGUAUGGAGCAAACAUGAAGAAACAAUAUCUUCCAGCCUUGAGAAGGCGAAGUCUACGAUAAUGAAACAGCUCACCGUCAUGAACCCUGCAAAAGCAUCAGGGAUUAUCUCUGACAUCCGACUUUUGACGACCCUGGCGUCUGUGCUUCCCCCAUCCGGUCAAGUGCUCAUGGCCGGCUCUGAUUAUUUGGAUACAUUCUGCGAUGCAUAUCAGAUGCACUGGAGAGAGGAUAUUCGCCGAAUCCUCGUGGCGAACAUCUACGUUGGCCUAGUAUCUUUACUGAAGGGUCCAAAACCCAACCUUUCUUUACUUCUCGAUCAACUUUUCAGUCUGAAAGCCAGCGCCGGUGUGGGUACAUCGAAGACCAGGAAAGAAGCUACUCUUCUCUCAGACGUCAUCUGUAGCUCCGAUCUCCUGGUCCGUCUAGAGAGAUACAUCCUUACGUACCCGCAUAAGCGCGGUCAGGAUUUAGUUUCCAGUCUACAUACAUACCAAUCCGAAUCGAAGGUUUUCCACCACAGAUAUCAGAAACAAAAGAAGCAAGUCGACAAAGGCAAAGGCCGCGCCUCUGAUCUCCCUCGUCCGGAAGACCUCCACAUCCACAAGAUGUCCCUCGUCACCCAAGUCCAGGACCUAUUCCCAGACCUUGGAUCCGGCUACAUCGUACGACUUCUAGAUCAAUUCAACGACAACCCCGAGACAGUCAUUGCGCACCUUCUUGACGACUCUAUCCCGGCCCAGCUCCAAAGUCUCAACAAGUCCGAGCAACUCUCCCAAACCGUCGCCCACUACGACCCAUUACCCCCACGUGCCACUCCUCUCGAACUCACACCAGAACCGGAGCCGGUCCCGACGCGCAAAAACGUCUUCGACCAGGACGUCGACCUAGCCGAACUGGCUCGAUCCAACGCAGACGGAAAACUCCGUUUCGGCCGCGCCAAUCCCGACCUCACGGCGGACGCUAUCCUCAACGACCGCAGCCAACACGCAACCAACAAGGCAGCCAUCAUGUCCGCCCUGGCAACCUUCGAUUCCGAUGACGAUGAACGUGAUGACACGUAUGACGUCGCCGACGUGGGCGGCACCGUCGAUGCCAUGACUGCCAAUCCGGAAGCUGAAGCCGACGCCGAGAUCCGCAACCGCAAAGCUCUACUAGAAGCUGAGCAGCGGGAUUUAACACUCUUCCGCGCCUACAAAGACAACUCUGGCCUGUUUGCGCGCGACUCCGCAACCCGUCGCUCGCAGCCCCGCACGUCGCUGAAACGCGAAACCGGAAUGACCGAUGAAGCGAUAGAAGGGUGGGCUGUCAUGCUGAAUCGCGAUCCUAAGCGGUUAUCGAAACUAGAGAGUAAGUUUUCUGUGACGGCAGGAGCUCCAGGUGGGGUUCUCACGCAGCCGGAACUUCGACCAACGGCAUACCGCAAGCCCGGAGAUGUUGGAUCGGAGAGCGAUACAGAUGAGCCUUCUGGUUCAACCUCAAGAGGGAGAGGUGGCUCGACACGGGGUCCUGGUCGUGGUGGUCGAAGAGGUGGCGGUGGUGGUCGUAGGGGCGGAGCCAAUGCUGGAGGUGCUGCUUCAGGGGGCCAGAAUACAACUGUGUCACGACAGAGAAAAGAGGAGAAUAAAUCUAGCAGGGCAAACCAUAAUCGACGACAGCAGAGAGCGAAAAAGGUUGCGAGGGCAGGAGGGAUGGCAGGAUAA